CAAAUAGGAUAACUUUUAUAUGCUAUAGGUAUAUAAAACUGGUCAUUAAAAAUUUGCUUACCAUCGGACAUUAUUUUGAAAUUAUUUAACAUAUGCGAUAAUUUUUAUCGUAUGGUUGGGAACCUAGAUUGAAGAUUGUAAACCCCUAUUAUAUUCUAAAAUGAAAUGAUUCUAUACUCAUUAUUCUAUGACUUGCGGUAUAAAUGUAUAGCUGUGGAAUAUGGAUUGUGGCCCAAUCACAAUCAGCUGUUCAGCAAAAAAUGUUCAACAAAAGUUUGUAAAUAUAAAAUUAUAUUAUUAGUGAACCACUAAUAUUUUAUAAAAAUAAUCUUUAAUUUUAUAAAACAUUGACAUAUUGAUGAUUAUAUUGAUAAUCAUAAGUGUUGGCUAAGCAUAAUUGGAAUAUUUUAACUCAAUGCCAUUAGUAUUCAAUAUACAUAGUAUUUAAGGAAUCAAAAAAUUCGAUGGCUUUACCUACCGCGCAGCCUGCUGAGGUACUUCGUGCUUGGCAGAAAGACAAUUUAUAUGAAAAGAAUUUAUCUGCAUCGUUAGCGAAACUACUUUCCUCUCAGCACGCAUCCAAGGCUAUUCCUAUUUCGUUUGUACUCUACAAAUCUUUUACAACCCUACGAGAGCUACAAACGCUUGGUGAAGAAUAUUCUGGUAUUGUGCAAGUUGAUGACUCCUAUCACAAACUACCCACGUUUUGUAACCGCCUCAUAAGUAUUUUACUGUCAGCCUUCGGUGAGAACAUUACACAAAGAUUACUUCGUAGUGUAGAGAAGCAAAUUGAAAUUAACUCAUCAUUAAGACCAGCAGCACAAAAUCUAUUUUUAGUGACUUUUAAGGCAUUGGGUAAUAUUUUACCACAAAUUGAAAGCAUACAUAGGGCAUUAUCUUACAUUAAUGGUGGUCCACUUGAAAUUGGUAAAACAUUGACAAGAAUAAACUAUGUCCAUGUUAGACCAGCUGCAGCUGCUUAUUAUGCACAUCUGAGGCUAUUAGGUAUAGUAACACUGUUGCAUGCAGUUAUUAGUUGUGGCCAGAAUCUAUACCAGGCCAAGAAGCACCUUGAGGAGAUGGCGGAUUUUCCAAAUGAAGUGGAUAAUAGUAGGUCUUGUGUGGCAUGCUUAGAUGAAAUAGUACAACCAUGUGUUUUACAAUGUGGGCAUUUUUUCUGCAUGCAAUGUUGUUAUGGUGCAUUAGAAAGUUGUGCUUUAUGUAGGACACCAUUUUCUAAAAACACUGUUGUACCAUUAUUGAACUAUUGUCCUAGUUUGAACUAGUAUACUAUUUUUCAGUCUAGUUCCAUCUUAUGGUCUGUGUUAAAGGUAUGAGCAUAAUAUGUUCAAUAAGUAAAGUUUAUAUUAUUAUAUUGUUUUUAAAAAUUAAAAAGCAUUUAGAAC